CUCGGCUCCGAUCCGGGCCCCCGAGUCCAGGAUCUGUAAGCAGGAAGUGCCUUAGAAGUCCUGGCCGGACAGUCAGGAGCCAGGAGUGUAGCUACAAUGACCUCAGCAGUGCUGGUGGACAUACAAGAGGAGGUGACCUGCCCCAUCUGCCUGGAGCUCCUGAAGGAGCCCCUGAGCAUAGACUGUGGCCACAGCUUUUGCCAGACCUGCAUUGCAGGGAACAGCAUGGAACGGGUGACGGGCCAAGAAGGGGAAAGCAGCUGUCCUGUGUGCCAGACCAGCUAUCGGCUUGGGGACCUGCGGCCGAAUCGGCACCUGGCCAACAUAGCAGAGAGGCUCAGAGAGGUGGUGUUGGGCCCCGGGAUGCAGCUGAAGGCAAGUCUCUGUGCGCACCAUGGAGAGAAACUCCAGCUCUUCUGUAAGGAAGAUGGAAAGCUCAUUUGCUGGCUUUGCGAGCGGUCUCAGGAGCACCGCGGCCACCCCACGCUCCUCAUGGAGGAGGUCGCCCACGAGUACCAGGAAAAGUUCCAGGAGUCUCUGAGGAAACUGAGGCAAGAGCAGCAGGAAGCUGAGAGACUAAAAACCGUGAUCAUAGGGAAGAGGACAUCCUGGAAGAAUCAGAUGGGACCUGAGAGACACAGGAUCCAGACAGAGUUUAAUAAAUUGAGAAACAUCCUGGACAAAGAAGAACAGCGACAGUUGAAAAAGCUGGAGGAGGAAGAGAGGAAGGGGCUGAGUAUUUUAGAAGAGGCUGAGGAUGAGCUGGAGCAGCAGAGCCAGUCACUGAGGGAGCUCAUCUCAGACCUGGAGCUUCGGUGUCAGGGGUCGGCAAUGGAGCUGCUGCAGGAUGUGAGUGAUGUCGUGAAAAGAAGUGAGUUCUUGACUCUAAAGAAGCCGGAAGCUCUGCCCACCAAGCUGAAGAGUAUGUUUCGAGCCCCAGAUCUGAAAAGGAUGCUGCGAGUGUUUAGAGAACUGACUGAUGUCCAGAGCUACUGGGUGGACGUGACUCUGAAUCCACACACGGCUAACUUAAAUCUUGUCAUGUCUAAAAACCGGAGACAGGUGAGAUUUGUGGGUGCCACGCUGCCUGGGUCUUACCUGGAAGAGCAUUAUGACUGUGGAAUCCUGGGCUCCCAACAGUUCUCCUCCGGGAAACAUUACUGGGAGGUAGAUGUGGCCAAGAAGACUGACUGGAUCCUGGGGGUGUGCAGUAAUUCAGCGGGAUCCACGUACUGUUUUAACCAGUUUACAAAUAAUCGAAAUGCCUACUCCAGAUAUCAGCCUCAAAGUGGAUACUGGGUGAUUGGGCUACAUCAUAAACAUGAAUAUAGAGCCUAUGAGGAAUCUUCCACUUCCCUGCUCCUCUCCAUGAUGGUGCCCCCUCGCCGAGUUGGAGUUUUCUUAGACUAUGAGGCUGGCACUGUCUCCUUUUAUAAUGUCACGAACCAUGGCUUUCCCAUCUACACCUUCUCUAAAUAUUACUUCCCUAGCACCCUUUCUCCCUAUUUUAAUCCCUGCAACUGUGUGGUCCCGAUGACCCUGCGUCGCCCAAGCUCCUAAACAUUCUGCCAUCUCCACCCAUACCUGAGGAGUACCCUCCACUCUGUGGUCCAUCUGUACCUCAGUUCUCUCUUUUCUAAACUUCUGUACUCCUGAAUUCUCUCACGCCUUUCCCUUUGAACAUUUACUCAAUGCUAGAAUAUACCCAGAGGUGAUAGUGAACAACAUCCCUGACUAAUUAAUUACAGAUCUUUGGAUGUGUGGGGGUAACUUUCACCAUGUUACCAUUAAGCAUGAUAUUUGAUGAGGUCCUUUUUGUUGUUGUUGAUUCGUGGGAUCAAAUUUUUAGGAAGUUCUUUUCUACUUGCUAUAAUUUUUUUUAUACUGAAUGGAAAAUUGAAUUUCAACAGACUCUCUGUAAUUAUGGAGAUUUUUUGAGUCAUUUUUAUUCUGUUAUUGAAGUACAUUGAUUUGUUUCCAUUUUUAAAUGCAGCACAAAAUCCUGAAAUAAAUCACUAUUAUUCUCCAUAUACAAUAUUGGAUUUGCUUUUGCUAAUACAGUGUUUAGGUUUUAUUCCCAUUCUGUUUAUGAAAGAAAUUGACCUGUAAUGUUACAUUCUUAUAAUUGUCAGGUUUUAUAAAAUGCAAUAAACAAACAAAG